AUAGACAUUGACAGUGACAGUUAAGGAAAAAAAAUCUGUAUAACCUUACGUGUUUAAAUUCCUACUUUAGAAAAUUAAUUUUAGUAACAACUAUGGCUUCUUUAAAAGUGUAUUCAAUAGGCCGGUUAGCAAAAUGUGUAACAGAUUCGACUCUGAAAAAUUUAAGGACAAAUUACUACAGAGGUUCUAUCCGCUGCUACAGUGUAGAAGAAAAAGCUGCAGAAGAUCCUGAAAAACAGAGUAAACAAUUGCCAAGUACAAUUGAAGAAUGCCAUAAACAGAUUGAAACUCUUACUACAGAGCUUAACACUUUCAAAGAACAAUCUAAGGACUUUGAAGAUAAAUACAAGAGAUCACUUGCCGACUGCGAGAAUGUUAGACGUAGAAUGAUGAAGCAAGUGGAAGAUGCUAAGUCAUUUGCGAUACAGAGCUUCUGUAAGGACUUACUUGACGUUGCAGACACUCUCUCAGCGGCAGCAGAGAGUGUACCAGAAGGUGCUGAGGCUGGUGCUGGAGCUGCAUUAAGAUCACUGGCAGAUGGAGUUAAGCUUACGAGAGCACAACUUUCACAGGUUUUUGCCCGACACGGGCUUGUAGCUGUAUCGCCUCUUAAAGAAAAGUUUGAUCCCAACUUACAUGAAGCACUAUUCCAACAGGAAGUGGAAGGUGCAGAAGCCGGCACAGUAGUGACUGUGAGCAAAGUUGGCUACAAAUUGCACGAGCGAUGUGUGAGACCGGCAUUGGUUGGUGUCGCCAAGUGAUGUUUUGCAAGGACUCCCACUGGGACCACACUCCUUUAUUCUUUUCAUCAAUGACACAAAAGACAAAUGUCCGAUUAUAAAACGUUUCUGGUAAUGUAAGCAAAUUGUUACAAACUGAGCGUUUGUUGUUACAGCUGUUGGCGAUUUAUUUAAACUACAGAGUGUUCCUUUUACGCAUAAAAGCCUUUCCAAUAAAAAUACCUGAUGAUGAGAUUCCGGCUCAAUUACUCCUCUAUUCUCAGAUUUUUCAUUAUGUAGGAUUCUGACAGCUGACAUUUUUUUACAUGUAGGCAAAGUGUUUUGGCCGGACACAUUUUACAAUUUCAAUACGAGUCUGGACAUCUGAGUCUAAACAUAAUAUGUUAGCAAAUGAAUUACGUCCCUUUUCAUCACAAACAGUAAAAAACUCACAAGUUAAGGUAACAUUUUAUAUUAUUAAAAGAUUUACUAAACCUGGAAUAAAUAACCAGCUAAACAAUUAAUUAAUAAUAAUUUUUAAUAUUUUUUUUCUUUAAAUUUACAAUAAAAUAAAGUUAUUAAUGUUAAUUCGAUAUAUUGUUUGUGAUAUUGAAAUAUUUGUUAUUCUUGUAUUACCUCACUUGAGUUAGUAAAUAUGAGUAGUAAACACAUGAAAUUAAAGAAUUCUACGGAAUGAAAAAUCAGUAUAGACAUGCUUUGAAAAAAAUUAUACUUCAUUUGUUUAAUUUUUUUUAUUUUUUAAAGUCAUGAAAGAAUCGGGAGAGAGGCGGAUUGCUUGCCAUCUCUAAAUUGCACAAAAGUCAAAAUAUAUUACAUUAACCCAAGUUUGUAACAAUAUGUAAACAUUACUCUUCAUUUAUAAUCUCUUGCAAUUAAAUCAUUUUUUCAUUUUGCUUUCAGCAAUGCUUUUAUAAUUUUGUAAAAUGACCAUAGACUAUUGUUACCACUUUAAAAUGUGGAUCUUUUCUGAUAUAAUUACAGACAAAUGUACACAUUUUAAUUUGUUUGUAUUUUAUAAGGGUGGUGUGCCUCAGGGUUCCAAGUUGGGGCUUUUAUUUAAAGGCGAUGCUCAUGCAUUUAAACUAACGUAUAGUUGGGUAACUGAAAGAUAUAACUUGCUACAUAAUAUAUUAAAUAGCAAAUUCAAAUAAUUAAGAGGCAGGUAUGCAGCGGAUUAAGUUUAUAAAUUUAAACUCAAAAUAGCUUUAUUUACAUAGGUAACCAAGUACACUUUUAAAAGUCAGAAAAGAUGUUAAAUAGUUUCUAAAUUCACAUUAACAGUUUGCAAGAAGAACUGGCAAGAAAGUCUGCCACGUUUAAUCGCCAACUUUUGAGUCAUACAAAUUGUUUGGACUCGAACAAGUUAAUUUAAAUAUUCAUCAGAUUUAUAAAAAGCUUUAUUAACUAAUUUAUAUUUUAAAAUAUUUAAAAUUAGCAAGCCCAGAAAGACUAAAUAAAACCUUUUUUAUAGUCCCUGAUAACAUUAUCGUUGAUACAAUUAUUCUAAAGUCUAUGAACAGGUUUGUUCUUCAGUUACCCGACUAUACUUGGGAUUCUUUGUAAAAUAGUUUUAGAAGAAGAAAUAGUCUUGUUAAUUUUGUAUUCCAAAUGUAGUGUAGAUGUAGACGGUUGUGUAAAAAUGGAUGGAUGUAUUGUUGAAUAAAAUUUUGUUAUUAAA